AUGGAGGAUCGGCUCUCCUAUGAAAAGACCUUCCUCCAGAUCGAGGAAGCUCAAGCUGGUUUGCCCACCUUGCGCCCUAGGAGUGUUCCUCCAAGGGGCAGAGAAGAUCUGGAGGUGUCUAAUUGCGUGCAAAGGUCUACUUGCAGUAACGCUGGAGUUCCACAAGCUGAUAUAGCUCUUGCGAGCAUGGAUCUAAGUGUGUCCACCUCAGUUCUCACUGGAAUUCGCACGGACUCCCUGGUGCGCGUGCUGGCCAGUGAAGACCGCGCACCAGGGAGGUGUAAACGUACCUGCUGUUGUUGA